CGAGCCCCGGCCCCGGGGGCUGCGGGGAGGCAGGCUGCCCGGGGGGCUGCGGUCCCGCCUCGGCGCGGAUCCGUUCCUCUCAGCCGCAGGGCAGCGGGCGCCUGCUUUGCGCUCCUGUUUUGUACUUUGGGAGCGACGCCUUAGUGCUGAGCUGGGCAGAAAGGUGUAAGCGGGGCUGGAGUUGCCUAAUUUUGAAAGCUGAAUUAGUAGGGGCUGGGUUAAAAACACCGAAACUCGGCAACAUCAGUGCUUGUGGGCCGGGCCGCUCCAGCAGAACCCAGCAAGGCGUUGUCAUUACUGGGGCUGACAGAGUGAAUGAAGUGAAAAAAAAAUGUUAAUAUCCCAGCUGACUUCCAGGUUACUGAAGGCUUCCCGAGUUGCAGGCCACCUUUUGCCAAGGUCAGUGUCUUCCUUUCUUUGCUAUCAUUCGACGUCUGUGAACUAUAGCACGCAGCCCUCUAAUAAGAAUGGAGCCCAGCCUCAGCGGUGGCAUGCACUGGACCCUGAACUGGAAGAGAUGCUGGUCCCCAGAAAACUUUCCAUCACCCCGUUAGAAAGCUGGCUGACAGUUAGAUACUCCCUUCCUAAAGCAGAAUUCGUUAAUGCUCAGGAAGAAGCGGGCUAUGAACCUCUGCAGAAAUAUGACUGUCCCCCAUCUGCUGAGGGAGCUGAUGUGGAGAAAGGGGAAGGAACACCAAGCAGCAACGUUCAGUGCAAGAACGUGCUGAAGAUCCGCAGAAGGAAAAUGAAUCGACACAAGUUCAAAAAGCUGCUAAAGCGAAGGAAGUUUGUACGGAGGAGGAUAAAGGAAGGUCGCAAGAGGAAACGUCAGGUGAAAUUUGAGAAAGACUUGGAGCGCAUCUGGAAAAGAGCUGGUUUGAAAAAUCCUCCAGCAGGAUGGCAGACACCCAAGAUAUUUCUGAAAAGCUCAAAGCGAUAAAAACACUUGUAAUGAGUUUUCACAUGUAAUUGUAAUUAAAAAAAAUAUAUAAG